ACCUGAACAGUGUUAUCUGUCUCUUAGGCCUUGCUCUUGCUGCCACCAUAAUCCCUGAGGGCCUCCCAGACUAAUAGAUUGCCAGGGCGAGGCCCCUCAUGGAGUCUUCUGCUCUCCUCCCUGCUCAGGUGUCGGGGAGCACCGCCCGGGAGGCUCCCAGGGCUCUGUUCCUCUCCCGGGGCUCCGUCAUGUCGUGCUUCUCCCAGCUGUGGCAUUCCAGCACUCCGGACUCUCCCACCAGCCCGACCCCUGCCUCUCCUGGUGAAGUCCCCAUCCCCAUCAGCCCCAUCGUGGUGACCUCCCCAGGAGAUGGCAAGAGGAAGGCCAGAUCCCCCACCAGCUCCCCGGGCUCGCCCAACCCCACCUCUCCCAAGCCGACCUCCCCCGUGGAGUGCUCCAUCUGCUUCAACACCUAUGACAACACCUUCAAGACCCCCAAACUGCUCCAGUGCUCCCACGUUUUCUGCCUGGAAUGCGUGGCCCGCCUGAGCACGGGGCUGCCCCCCAACCAGCCCGAGGACCUGCUGCCCUGCCCCUUCUGCAGGCAGCUCACCAACAUCCCCCAGGAAGGCGCUCCCGCCCUGGAGACCAGCAAGGAGCUGCUGGCCACGCUGCCCCCGGAGCUGCAGCGGGAGAAGGUGCUGUGGAUGGAGGGCACCAAGCUGUGCUGCCGGAGGGCCUCGGACGACGCCGAGAACCCGGAGUCCUGCAUCUCCAUCGACGUGGCCAUGAGCAAGCCCGAGAGCCCCGAGGCCCCGCCGAGGGGGCUGGCGGGGAGGUUGUCCCGCUGCGAGGUGUGCGACGACUGGAAGCGCAUCCUCCUCCUCUCCGCCCUCGUCAUCAUCCUCUUCUGCAUCAUCCUCUGGCCGGUGCAGUGCGCCCUGAAGACGGGCAACCUGCGCUGCUUCACCAGGACUGUGGCCACCAUGAGCAGGCCCGAGUACCUGCCCCCCAAACCCACCACGGCGGCAGCGGCGGCGGCGACAGAACCCCCUUUUUUCCAGUAG